AUGUAUGAUAUGGAGUUGUUGAAACAGGCAAAACCGUAUUUGGCAGUGAUAUUCCUGCAGUUUGGAUAUGCAGGUUCUGGUAUUAUUGCCAAAGCUGCUCUAAACAAAGGAAUGAGUCAUUUUGGUUUCUCCAUCUACAGAAAUCUCUUUGCUGCUAUUGUUUUUGCUCCUUUUGCAGCUGUUUUAGAGAGGAAAGUGAGGCCAAGGAUGACUUUUCCAAUUCUUUUCAAGAUACUGAUGCUUGCUUUACUCGGAUUUCAUACGUGGAAAUCGUUAUUUGAAAGAGGUGUUGAUUUUGAGUUAUCAAUGGCACAUAAUGUAUCAUACAUGCUUAAUUUGUAUCAUACAAGUAAGUAUGUGAUAGAGAACGGUAGCAUCAACACUUUUUCGAAUAUGCCGGAUGAUGGUUUGUUUGUCGAAGAAAGGUUGUCAUAUGAGGGAUUGAUUAGUAAGAUUUGUAUGACCCUUGGCUGGGAUCCAGCACACGUGAAACUCCACCUUUCUUUGAUUUUCGAUAGUCCCGGUGGUAGGCGUGUAGUGAAGAUCAAGAAUGAUUCGCAUGUAGAGUUCAUGAACCGUGUAGAUCCAAUGUCAUGUUUGGAUUUAUACAUAGAUUUGGAAGAUAUCACUCAAGAAGAAAGAGAAGCAAGUUUGGAAAACGUGUCAUUUGGUGGUUUUCCAAGGGGGGAACGUGCUAGUACUUCUCGAAACCGUGAUGAAGAGGAGACACCUUUAUUUGCACAAAAUGACUACCGGGAAGAGUCGGAUUCCGACUACAUAGCUCCAAGUGAAAGCGAAGAAGACUGUGAUGUCUCCGGAGAGAGUGAUUUUGAAGAAAGUGAUGAUGAAAGGUUAGAAAAUGAGGAAAGGGAUAGUAAUCUAUUCGCCCGACGCCAUGUAUAUAGUAAGAUGGGGAACUGGGAUGCCUCAUGUGUAGACAAGGAUGAGUUUGCUCUUAAGAUGUGGGAUGAGAUGCCCGAAGGAAUGGACAUUGGUGUUUGUUUCAAAUCUCAAUCAGAAGCAAAGCAUGCUAUGAAAUUAUGGAACAUCCAUCACAAAAGGGAAUAUACGGUCGCCGCGAGUAGUCUAAGGACGUGGGCUGUGCGGUGUAGAACAUUUAAUGUAGAAAGUGAGGAUGGUGAACCACCAUGUGAGUGGAAGAUGCGUGUGUCAUUGAAAGCUCACGGCCUUCAUGAAAUUGUGAGAUGGCAUGAUGCACAUAAUUGCAUGACUCCUGUGAAUGAUAAUGACAAUCGGUGUGUGGACGCGUCUUUGAUUGCUAGACUCAUCAGGAGAAAGGUUGAGGACAACGUAGAGUAUACGGUAGCCUCGGCACAGAAAGAUGUGAAGACCUUAUUGAAAGUAAAUGUGCCAUAA